AUCUCUUCAAGUAAUUCAUCUGUUUGGUGACCUCUCCGAUCACUUGUCACGAAGAUGGCCUUGCUUGGGAAUCCUGCUUCUUUCAGCAGGAUUAUUAUGGAUUAUUCUAAUUAUCGGAAAAAGUUCUACCAGCAGGUCUGAAGUGGAAGAUCCAGGCUGACCGAGCCAUUCAGGAACCACUGGGGGCCACGUCCUGCCUUUGAAGAGCUCCAGUGGUCAAGUCCAGCCCUCCCUGGGGUAAGCAUGAUGCUACUUCUGCUAUUCCUGCUAGGGCUCCUGGGGCCAGGAAGCUACUUGUUCCUUUCAGGGGGUUGUCAGGAGGUGGCGACUUUCACAGUGAAAUUCCAAGUGACAGAGGAAGUGGAGCCUGGCACGGUGAUAGGGAAACUGUCCCAAGAACUGGGAGUGGAGGAGAGGCGUGGGAAGGCGGGAGAUGCCUUCCAGAUCCUACAGCUGCCUCAGGCACUGCCUAUUCAGAUGAACUCUGAGGAUGGCCUGCUCAGCACUUCCAGCCGGCUGGAUCGGGAGAGGCUAUGCCGGCAGCAGGAGCCCUGCCUGGUGUCCUUUGACGUGCUGGCCACAGGGGCCCUGAUCCAUGUGGAGAUUCAGGUGCUGGACAUCAACGACCACCAGCCAGAGUUUCCCAAAGGUGAACAGGAGCUGGAAAUCUCUGAGAGUGCCUCUCUGCAAACACGAAUCCCCUUGGACAGAGCCCUUGACCAAGACACUGGUCCUAACAGCUUGCAUUCCUACUUCCUGUCUCCCAGUGAACAUUUUGCCUUGGAGGUUAUUGUGGGGCCGGAUGAAACAAAACAUGCAGAACUUGUGGUGGUGAAGGAGUUGGACCGGGAAGUCCACUCAUUUUUUGAGCUGGUGCUGACUGCCCAUGACAAUGGCAAUCCCCCUAAGUCAGGCACCAGUGUGAUCAAAGUCAAUGUUCUGGAUUCCAAUGACAAUAGUCCGGUGUUUGCUGAGAGUUCACUAGCACUAGAAAUCCCAGAAGACACUGCCCCUGGCACUCUUCUCAUAAACCUGACGGCUACGGACCCAGACCAAGGACCCAAUGGGGAGGUAGAGUUCUUCUUUGGCAAGCACGUGUCCCCAGAGGUGAUGAACACCUUUGGUGUAGAUGCCAAGACAGGCCAGAUCAUUCUGAGCCAACCCCUAGACUAUGAAAAGAAUCCUGCCUAUGAGGUGAAUAUCCAGGCAAGGGACCUGGGUCCCAAUUCCAUCCCCGGCCAUUGCAAAGUUCUCAUCAAGGUUCUGGAUGUCAAUGACAAUGCUCCAAGCAUCCACAUCACAUGGGCCUUCCACAUGCCGCUGGUGUCAGAAGAUCUUCCCAGGGACAGUUUCAUUGCUCUCAUCACUGCAAAUGACUUGGACUCAGGAAACAAUGGUCUGGUCCACUGUUGGCUGAAACAAGAGCUGGGCCACUUCAGGCUGAAAAGGACCAAUGGCAACACGUACAUGCUGCUUACCAAUGCCACACUGGACAGAGAGCAGUGGCCCAUAUACACUCUCACCGUGUUCGCCCAAGACCAAGGACCCCAGCCUUUAUCAGCUGAGCAGGAGCUCCGAAUUCAGGUCAGUGAUGUCAAUGACAAUGCCCCUGUGUUUGAGAAGAGCCGGUACGAGGUCUCCACCUGGGAAAACAACCCACCCUCUCUUCAUCUCAUCACUCUCAAAGCUCACGAUGCUGACUUGGGCAGUAAUGGAAAAGUGUCAUACCGUAUCAAGAACUCCCCCGUUUCUCACUUAGUAAUUAUUGACUCUGAAACAGGAGAAGUCACUGCUCAGAAGUCACUGGACUAUGAACAGAUGGUAGGCUUCGAGUUCCAGGUGAUAGCAGAGGACGGAGGGCAACCCCAGCUGGCAUCCAGCAUCUCGGUGUGGGUUAGCCUCUUGGAUGCCAAUGAUAAUGCCCCAGAAGUGAUUCAGCCUGUGCUAAGUGAAGGCAAAGCCACUCUGUCAGUGCUUGUGAACGCCUCCACGGGCCACCUUCUGUUGCCCAUCGACAAUCCCAGUGGCUUGGGUACUGGUACACCACCAAUGGUUACCCACAGCCCCUGGUCCUUCCUUUUGGUAACAAUUGUGGCGAGAGAUGCUGACUCAGAGGCCAACGGGGAGCUCCUCUACAGCAUUCGAAGUGGGAAUGAUGCUCACCUCUUUGUCCUCAGCCCCACCUUAGGGCAGCUCUUCAUUAAUGUCACCAAUGCCAGCAGCCUAAUUGGGAGUCAGUGGGACCUGGGGAUAGCAGUAGAGGACCGGGGCAGCCCCUCCUUGCAGACCCAAAUUCUGUUGAGGGUCAUGUUUGUCACCAGUGUGGACCACCUCAGGGACUCUGCUCGUAAGCCUGGGGUCCUGAGCACGCCAGCGCUGGCCAUGAUCUGCCUGGCUGUACUGCUGGCCAUCUUUGGGCUGAUCUUGGCUCUGUUCGUGUCCAUCUGCCGGACAGAGAAAAAGGAUAAUAGGGCCUACAACUGUCGUGAAGCUGAGUCCACCUACCGCCACCAGCCCAAGAGGCCUCAGAAACACAUUCAGAAGGCAGAUAUCCACCUGGUGCCUGUGCUCAGGGCCCAGGAGGAUGAGACUGAUGAACUUAGGCCAUCUCACAAGGAUACCAGUAAGGAGGCACUGAUGGAGGCAGGCUGGGACUCCUGCCUGCAGGCACCCUUCCACCUCACACCAACCUUAUACAGGACCCUGCGUAACCAAGGCAACCAGGGAGCACCGGCCGAGAGCCAGGAGGUACUACAGGACACAUUCAACUUCCUUUUCAACCAUCCCAGACAGAGGAACGCCUCCCGAGAGAACCUAAGCCUUCCUGAGGCCUCACUUGCCCUAGGGCAGCCACACUCGAGGCCUCCAAAGGUGCCUGGCAGCCCCAUUGCCAGGCUGGCUGGAGACCAAGGCAGUGAUAAAGGCCCACAGAGCCCGCCAACCUCCUCGGCUACUCUGAGAAGACAGCGGAAUCUCAAAGUGUCUCCUGAGGGAGAGUCUGGUCCGCAUCAGAUUCUGAGGAGCCUGGUCCGGCUAUCUGUGGCUGCUUUUGCCGAACGGAACCCUGUGGAGGAGCUCGCUGGGGAUUCUCCUCCUGUCCAGCAAAUCUCCCAGCUGCUGUCCUUGCUGCAUCAGGGCCAAUUCCAGCCCAAACCAAACCACCGAGGAAAUAAAUACUUGGCCAAGCCCGGCAGCAGCAGGGCUGCCAUCCCAGACACAGACGGCCUAGGCGUCAGGCCUGGUGGCCAAGCAGAACCUGACUUGGAAGAAGGGCCCUUGAUCCCCGAGGAGGACCUGUCUGUGAAGCGACUUCUAGAAGAAGAGCUGUGUAGCUUGUUGGACCCCCAUACAGGUCUAGCCCUGGACAAGCUGAGUCCUCCUGACCCAGCCUGGAUGGCGAGACUGUCCUUGCCCCUCACCACCAAUUACCGAGACAACUUGUCUUCCCCUGAUGCUGCAGCUUCAGAGGAACCGAGAACAUUCCAGACAUUCGGCAAGACUGCGGGACCUGGACCGGAGCUAAGCCCAACAGGCACACGCCUGGCCAGCACGUUUGUCUCAGAGAUGAGCUCGCUGCUGGAGAUGUUGUUGGAGCAGCACACGGUGCCAGUGGAAGCUGCAUCCGCUGCUUUGAGGCGGCUCUCGGUGUGCGGCAGGACCCUCAGCCUAGACCUGGCCGCCAGUGCAGCCUCGGGCUCUGAAGCACAGUUGGGUAGAAAGAAGGCAGCUGAGGACAGAUUUGGCUGUGGCAGGAAUCUAUGAACACGCUUGGCUGGGAUGCCUUUCGAUCCAGGGACUGGGUCCCCUGGGAAAUGUUAGGGCACUCAGGCCUUGAGGAUCUCAGGGAAUGAGCUGGUUUCUAAAAUUGUAGAUUUCACUGGCCCCUAACUUUAGGGUGACUGAUGCUGUGCUAUUCCCACAGAGGAGGCAGGAGCCCAGGACUAAACAAGCAACUGACUGGAGCAGACUUAGUAGUGGACUGGGUAGCUGAGCUUUAUGGAAGACAGGGACGGCUUGUUUUUCUCCCAGGAGUUUGUGGUAAAACACAGAGUGUAAAGAGGUGGCCCUCGGGAGGAACAGAUGGCGUAGUAUCAUGAGCAGAGGGAGAGCCUCACUGGAGACUGAAGGUAGGGGCUGGUUCCUGGGGGAGCCGGGCAAUGCUCUCUGACCUACUAAUAAAAGGAAAACUGCAGCUCAUUCUGUUUUCAAUCGACAGGAGGGAGGACAGAGUAUCAGAGCGAGGGCUGUUUGUCAUCUAGCUCCUGGCCUGAAACUCCUGUUGGGUCAAGGUAGGAGUGGGUCACACCUGGUUCACAGUGACAGGUACGCAAACAAUGGGCGUGUGUGUCCUUGACCCCACUCCACUAUAUGUUAUCCGACAGUAUGCUUCUCAGAUGGAAAAUCAGGACUAAGUAAAGCAAGACUGUAAAUAGGGUAUUUAUAUGAGCCAGGCACUAGGCUUUAAUUUGAUUUUUUUCCCCCAUGCUAAGUUGGUGAUAUUAUUUUACCCAUUUCAUAGAAACAAAGCUUGGAAAAGUUGAGUGUAUUCCCCAAGACUGAUCAGGAAAUAGAGACCCAGGAUUGGUGCUAAGCCUGGCCCAACACCAAAGCCUGUGCCAUCAACCAUGGCACUAGAUUGCCAACCAAGGAACAGAAAAGGAAAAGUCCCUGAGAUGAAGGCUUGCAGAUAGAAGGCACUCAGGUCCAUACGAGCCCAUGCUUACAAGCACAGGGUAAAAGGAGCUUGCAUCUGCCCAGUGCCAAUCCAGUCCUCUUCCAGGCUUCCGAUGCAGAAGUCAUCUUACCUGAAGCCCCAGCUGGGGAAGUCUUUCUCUAUUGGCAGGCUGGAGUCUAAGAAUCGAUGCCCCAGAGGAUGACUUGUGAACUAGGACUGACAGCAGCCAUCCAUCCAGGGGUGGGAAGAGUGAAGAAAAAGCUAACAUUUUCCCAAGGCUUUUUGUUCCUGGAAAUUUCCAAGCAAUCAUGGCUAGUUUAGGGUAGUAUGGAGGUUGUUCUGGACACUGAAGGCAGACGAUAUCGUCUGCUUCACCUGUCACCUUCAGGAGCUCAGUGGUCUUGACUCUCACUGGUAGCUGGGCCAGCCAUAGUCCCAUCAAGGGCUGAUGCCUGUCACACUUAGAAUGUAGUGGUUAUUCCAUCUUACAUAUGAGACCUGAAGAUGUUAAGCAUUUCAAAGGCAAGGUCUGGGUCUCUGAUCAUCUCACUCCAGGUCAGGGUGAUCUUACAAGACCUGUGGUUGUCAGUCUGGCUCACAGAGCUGUUGGGUUCCAGGCCACUAAGAGAGGCAAUGAAAACCAAGCAAGAAGGAGCUCCAGCUUGUCCAGCCAGAUGCCUGGCACAGAUGACACUUGAAAUACUUGUUGAGUAGAUAUAUGAAUGAAUAAAUGGGUAAACAAA